AUGACGCAAGGCAAUAAAACCAACAAUGAGGCAAACUGGUUUAUGGAUCUGCCGGUGCGGUUUGUGCUACUUCCAGCAAGCGCUGCUAGGUGGCAAUAUGUUACCUGGAAAAUCACGAGCUUCCAGCCGCCGUCGCCUUCCUCUCCUUCCGACCGAGCUGGGACGUGCCUGGGCAUCGCUCCGCUCCAAAGAGGGGACAAGCCCUUGGAGCAGGACCUGAGUUCUCGCUGCUCGGAGUCACGGCCUCUAUGGACGCGGUGUGAAGCCCUCUCCUGCCGGCCCCAAGUCAGCCCCAGCUCCCGGGGGCUCAGUCGGCUUUCGAUGCGCUUUGGGUGCAGGGAGGUUGCCAUUGCUUCCCGGGAUUCAGUGUGUGGAGCCAAGGAGGCCGGGGACAGGCAGUCCCGGUGUGGUGCUGCUGGUCACCACUGCUGUGACAGGGGGACAGGAGAAUCGUGGCUGCGUGGUCGGUUCGGACCUCGGUAUAUGGUUUUUUUGGAGUUGGCAGGAGCUUUUAUGGGUGGUGGUGGUGGUAAGAAGUUUCCUAAUUUUUUCUUCCCCUCACUCCUUGUAUUUCCAGAAAUGGCCCUUGCUCUGUGGAAGAACUUUCUUCAGAUUACAAUGAAAAGGAUACUACAGCAAAGAAGGUUGUCACUGUAUAAUGGUGCUCAUGGCUAUGAGGAAGAAUUGAUAAAGAAGAAACUUCAGCAGUUUUCUGGUGGAUCUAUCAACCUUUCGAAAGAAGACAAUGGCAUUGCAAUACUUACUUUGAAUAACCCAAAGUUAAUGAAUGCCUUUACAGGCACUAUGAUGGUAGAACUCCAGGAGAGGGUAACUGAACUGGAAAACUGGAAGGAUGGCAAAGGUCUUAUAAUCCAUGGUGCAGGAAAUACUUUUUGCUCAGGAUCUGAUUUAAAUGUUGUCAAAGAAAUAUCCAAUUCCCAGGAUGGGAUGAAUAUGUGCAUGUUUAUGCAAAACACCUUAACCAGACUUAUGAGGUUGCCUUUGAUCAGUGUUGCACUAGUUCAAGGAAAAGCUUUUGGAGGAGGAGCAGAACUUACCACAGCAUGUGAUUUCAGGUUGAUGACGCCUGGAAGUGAGAUUCGGUUUGUCCACAAGCACAUGGGCCUGGUGCCAGGCUGGGGAGGCGGUGCCCGGCUGGUGCGGAUCGUGGGCAGCGGGGCAGCGCUGCAGCUGCUGGGCGGCGCUGCGCGGGUGGGCCCCGACAGAGCGCUGGGCCUGGGGCUCGCCGAGCUCACCCUGCCCUCCGCCGAUGAAAGCAGAGCGCUGGGAGAGGCCCGCGCCUGGCUGAGUCAGUACACAGAGGGUCCGGCCCCUGUCGUUCGGGCUGUGAAAAAGGUGGUGACAGCAGGAAGAGAGCUCCCACUGGAAGAUGCCCUAAGGACAGAGAAGGACAUUUUUGGAACUGUAUGGGGUGGGCCUGCCAAUUUGCAGGCAUUGGUUAGAAGACCAAAACAUAAAUGAUGGUUUAUGCAUAAGAAAUGGGCUUGACUUUUUUGCAAACAAAGCUUUCAGUAAAGCAGCCGUUAAGCUGAAUCAUUUAAGGACUUGUCCAUUUAAAAUGGCAUUAACAUUCCUGCCAUUUAGGUCAGGCAGGCAUAUUUGGUGUGCAACCACAGAGAAAUCCCAGGCAGAUUCUCUGCUGUCCUAAUCACCCACUGAAUCGAGAUUAGUGAAAUUACUAUGUAAAGGUAAAUACUGUGCUGAAAAUAGAACUAUAAUUCAUUUGGAAUGAGGCUGAAGAUUAUUUUAUUUGGUGUUUUGUUUUGGUUUUUAACUAGUAUGGAAAUUAAUUACUUGAAAGAUAUGUUUAUUCAUUUGCAGAACAGGUGCAACUAAAGCUGCAAAAUAUGAGUUCCCCAACCAGUGUCUUUAAGCAGCUUGGAAAAGAUGAUUACUAGUGGGAGGAUAGCUUUUAUUUUUUCAUUCUAGUUAGUUCUUUGUGCAAU